GGAUAUCGCUUCGAUAGACCAAUCUACUUCGAGUGUAAACUAAACGAGCCAAUGCACAUUGACAUGCAAUUAUUGCAUCCAGCUCCAGCCGACCACAGCGUGAGUAUAAGAAGGCAGCAGGUGCAAUGCAUACCAGCUUUUUGCUUCAGAGCCAAACGACAACAUCAUUCUGCUCUGUCCAAGUGUCUUCAGUGAGCUACGAGUUCAACGCACAAUUUUGUAUCUUUUACAACAUGUACAGUGACUAAAAUAGGUCUUUUACCACAGUAAAGUGACUUUUACUUGUUCCUAAUUUGCAUCACAUUUUUGGGGGCACUUAGUCCUGUUUGGUGGGGCAGAGGGAAGGGGACGGUUGUUUUUUAUCUACAUUUCAGAGAUUCACAGACUUCAUGGAUUCAUAUCACCUUUGCUCUUAAGAGUUCAUGAAUAAUUCUUUUGGAAAACAGCUUAAAAUGAAACCUUAUGAGCUGUUUCUUUUUCUUCUGUUAAUGAUCAUAGAUGUCUCAACAAAUGCUCAAGAAGUCACCUGCGAGGGGGAACAACUCAUCAAUGUUGACAUUUUAUUUGGAAAUGCAAGUAUCGUUUCACCUUACAAACCUGGACAUAUUUUAGUUUUUCGAUGCACUGAUGAGAAACAGAAGAUGCGUGGACAUCGAGCAAUUGAAUGCCAGUCAGAUGGAAAAUGGGAUUACCCGUAUCCAACAUGUAUAGAAGUCACCUGCGAGGGGGAACAACUCAUCAAUGUUGACAUUUUAUUUGGACAUCCAGGUAUCGUUUCACCUUACAAACCUGGACAUAUUUUAGUUUUUCGAUGCACUGAUGUGAACCUGAAGCUUAACGGACAUCGAGCAAUUGAAUGCCAGUCAGAUGGAAAAUGGGAUCAGCCAUAUCCGACAUGUAGAGAAGUUACCUGUGUGGGAAAACAACUCCUCAAUGUUGAAAUUUUAUUUGGAAAUGCAAGUAUCGGUUCACCUUACAAACCUGGACAUAUUUUAGUUUUUCGAUGCACUGAUGAGAAACAGAAGAUGCGUGGACAUCAAGCAAUUGAAUGCCAGUCAGAUGGAAAAUGGGAUUACCCGUAUCCAACAUGUAUAGAAGUCACCUGCGAGGGGGAACAACUCUUCAAUGUUGACAUUUUAAUUGGACAUCCAAGUAUCAUCUCACCUUACAAACCUGGACAUAUUUUAGUUUUUCGAUGCACUGAUGAGAAACAGAAGAUGCAUGGACAACGAACAAUUGAAUGCCAGUCAGAUGGAAAAUGGAAUCACCCGUAUCCAACAUGUAGAGAAAUUGCCUGUAAGGGGGAACAACUCAUCAAUGUUGACAUUUUAAUUGGAUAUCCAGGUAUCGUUUCACCUUACAAACCUGGACAUAUUUUAGUUUUUCAAUGCACUGAUGAGAAACAGAAGAUGCAUGGACAACGAACAAUUGAAUGCCAGUCAGAUGGAAAAUGGAAUCACCCGUAUCCAACAUGUAGAGGCCGAGGGAAGUGUGGGCCACCACCACCAGUGAACGAUGGAGAUACAACAGAUAUUAUGAAAAAGGAAUACAACACAGGAGAGAGAGUUGAAUACAUCUGCUUUAGUAAAUACACAAUGGAUGUGCGUUACCCUUUCUCCAGAUACUUGACCUGUGUGCAAGAAGAAUGGAGCGGGAAUGUUAAGUGUUUAAAGCCCUGUACAGUGACAGUGGAGAUAAUGAAUGAAAGAGGAAUCGAGUUGGCCUUCGCUGAUCAGCAAAAGUUGUUUGCACCACAUGAUGAUCACGUCACCUUUAAGUGUCAGUCGGGCAAAAGACCAGUAGGUGUUGACUUCAGACAAAAGUGUAAUGAUGGAGAGAUGACUUUGCCUGAGUGUGUGUGACAGUGGAAAUAAAACAUAGAUGAAGCAACAGCUGUACUACGAGGCAAGAAGAACUUGAGCAGAUCAAAAUAAAACUUCCCUAUUCAGUU